GCAACAUGGUUCCCUCUCUCUCCCUCAACCCCUUCUCUCUCUCUUCCAAGUCACAUUUGCCAGUACCAGAGCUCUCCGUCUGGCAACCAACCGGAGCAUUGUGUCUUCUUGGCGAAGAGAGUGAGAGAAGGACGGCAUAGACAGGACAGUGAAGGAGAGAACGAGAGAGAGAGGGGUGAGAGAGGUGAGAGUGACAUACGGAAAGAAACCCCCACCGUCCAUCUCCAUGCUUUGAGUGUGUCUUCGUUCAAAGGAGCAACUUCACAACAACAAAUAAGUACGCUUGGACCGUCUUUUGGUCUUGUUCUGACUUCAUGUCCUUGUGAAGAACUGAGACUUUUGUUUUCGUUUUUUUUCUUGAUUAAUUUUUUAAUAGACUCACAUGAGUGUUUGGAGGUGUUUUGAGUGGUGUCAGACAGUUUGGCUCCAGUUCUGAUGUGAGAGAUUGACAGACAGACACUGACAGGCUGCAGUGGAGUGUUAGCGACCUGAGGAGGAGGAGGACGUGGAGGAGGAGGAGAAAGAGGAGGAGGAGGAGGACGUUCAAGAGUGAGGAGAUACACCAUGUGCCUUAACAGACCACUUGAAAGCGGACGGAUUUUGCAUGACAGAGCGACAUGCCUCGUUGGAUGUCAUAAUGUAUCUACUCUUUGAUAUGAAUCCAGUCUGCAGCGGUCUGGGACGUCUUGAAUGCUGAAAAGGAUUUUGACUCACAUCCUCAAAAUACACACAGACAGACAGAUAGAUGGACAGAUUCAAUGAGAGCAGUCACUGGAGACCCGUUCAGAGAGCUGGAGUCUGUUGCUCAGGAUGUGCAGUGAAAAAACCCUGCGCCAAAUCAGACCACAACAACUACCCCGACUCCAUGCUGCCCGCAGAGACGAUACCACAGAAAUAGUCAUGCGUUAAAGACUGCGAGGACAGCAGCGCACAGACAUGAAGACGUUUCAUUGGCACCUCCUGUAACAAGGUUUGAAAUGAGGGAAUAAAUACAAGCUUGCGUUUUACUCACACCCUUGAUGCAGCAGAGGCAGAAAUGAUAGAAGACUCUCAAACUGACCCCGGUGACAAUAAGAGCAUCUGAUGGAUUUCUGGAUGGCCAAAGGAAAAUCAAAAUUGUUAGUGAGGUAGAGCAGAAAAAUAUUGCAUAAUCUGCAGCGAAGCAGAGCAAAGGAAGAGGAAAUAGAAGGGUUAUUAGUCGCCUAUUGAAAGAUACACGUGCACUUGUUAAGGAGGGGUUUAAAGGACUCUACUGUAGGACAAUCUUCAGGAGGUACACAUGAACGUGUUUGUUAGCCUCACACACAUAUAAAGACACCACUGGGACAAGACACACACACCCUCUCACACAGGACAGCUGAGAGGAACAGGAGCUUGGCUCUGACGGGGACUCCCCCAGAGACCUCACUGCCAUGAUGGAGAAGCUGGACCCCACUGGCCCACCUGCCUCACCCCCCGACCUACCUCGCUCCUCCUCCUCCUCGUCCUCCUCCUCCUCGUCUGCCUACUCCCCAUCUUGUGCUUCUGUAGAGCAGCACAGUCCCCUCCAGAACAAGGCAUCCUUGAGUGCUAUCAGCAGCCCACAUCCUGCUAACAAGACAGGGCACAAGGGACACACGGACGUCCUCACUGGUGGCUUGAUUCGGUCUCCCACUGCAACAGCAGCAGUGUUAACCAGUCGCCCUGCAGAUACAGCUGAGCCCAUUGUCAUGGAGACCAGCGGAGAGGAGGAGGGGGAGGAGAGGCAAGGAGGACCAGUGUCCACCACAGCCCCAGCUGCUUCUGCCAAUGGGUCUCCAAGUCUUUCAUCUCCACCUCCUCUCCUCCCAGCAUCAGCCAAGACCUCCCCGUGCCCUCUUCCACCUCCCACCUCCACUGCGUCCUUCCCUUUAUCCUCAUCAUCCUCUCCUCUUCCUCCACACAUUCCAGUCAUCAGCCUCGGUCACAGCAAACCCCCUCUCCCGCUCACCAAUACUCCUCUUACUGCCCUCCAUCCAAUUCCCAACCUCCUACAUGGGCCACAUGGAGACCUUCGCCGCAGUCAGCUGUCCUGCUUGCCUGUGGCAAGUCCUGGAGCUUCUGGAACUUCUGCAAGCUCUGGGGGGCCUUCAGCUCCCUCCCCAGGACCCCUGUUGCCUCAACAGUACCUGCCAGCACACUCCUUCUUCACCAGUUCCUACCUGGGUCCCUCUGGAGGAAACUAUGGCGUAAUGAACAACAGCCGGAUCAAGAGAAGACCCUCAUCACACUUUGAGAUGGAGAUCAGUGAAUGCCCUCCCCAGAAAAUCGCUCGCCGUGUCUUCACCAACAGUCGCGAGCGCUGGCGGCAGCAGAAUGUGAACGGGGCUUUCUCUGAGCUGAGAAAACUCAUUCCCACGCACCCACCUGACAAAAAGCUCAGCAAAAAUGAAAUCCUGCGUCUGGCUGUGAAGUACAUCAACUUCUUGGUCACUCUGCUCAACGACCAGGCACAGGACAAGAGCAGGGACUCAGCUGACGAUGAGCCUGAGGACGACAGCACGACAACCGGGUUGGACAGUGACAAACUGAACCCUCUUUUUCAGUGCAACACUCCUCCUCCAGCCCACUCCUCCCCACCGACCUCAGCCCAUCCCGUCUUGGCGACGGUCCACAGAGACAGAGACUCAACCGACUCAGUCAUUGCUCUGGCUAACUCCCCAGCAACGUCCAGCUGUUAUGGUGACACGGACAGUGAGGAGAGCUUUGGGGCAAAGACCUCUUUGGUGACCCACGGCAUUCUGGGAAAGGUUAAGGGUCAGAUAAGGAUGGUGGCAGCCACAAAUGAUGAGCGGUGACAUCAAAAGACAGCAAACAAAGAGAUGUGCUGCUACAGGGAGUUUAAAUGUCGCUCUGACGGACAGAACAGGACAGGAGACACAAUCACCACAAGGCACCAAAAGCAGAAUGAAUACGUAAAAGAUGAAUUUUUGUGAUACUUUCGACUUUUGACUGUUGCUGUGUUUUUUUUCCAAUCAUGUGCAACCAUUGAGGGUGAAGCUGUGUGUGUGUGUUUCAGAAAAAUCCUGAGCUGUAAUCUGUUAAGUCCAGACACAAGAAACAUCAAAUCAAACAGACUUGCACAUGACAUAUCCAAAUAAAGUCACAAUGUCAAACAUUACACUUCAGUGUUAGACAGUAUGGAUCCACAACAUGGAUGAAUUGUGCAAAACAGGAUCCUGGAAAUCUAAUUAGAUUAUCAUCUCAGGCUGGAUUUCUGUAGCAGCUAAAUGUUAAUUUCUUUGGAUUAAUAGCAAAAAUGUUUAGAUUUUUAGUCAAGAAAUUCAGGAUCCUAGAAUCCUGCCUCAGUAGACCCAUAAAAUGUUAAUUCUCUCACAAGAGACUUAAAAACAUUAAAAAAACAUUUUGUGAAAUUUACAUGUAAACGAGCAGCAUUGUUCCAGCAAAGUUAUGGUGACCUAAAGUGCCACAUACAUGCCAUUCAUUCGUAGACUGAAACUGCAGUUUUUAAUGUUCCUGCUGUUCUCAUUGUCAGAGAAGCAGGGUUGAUGAUCCCACCCUGACAUUGUGACACACUUGUACCAGACAGAAAUAAAGCAUGUUUUAGUUUGCUGUUCCUUA